ACGAGGGGCGAUGACGCCAGAAUUCAAGCAGGCUCCUCGUAGACCUAUUGCCAAUGGACUUCGUGUCUGGCGAUACGCUCGAGAUGGCCCUGCUGUUCCGUGUCCGAAGCGAGGCUGUGGAUGUCAAGGCAAGGCAAAUUGCAAGCAGCAAGAGCUCAUUCGUACCAUGCUCGAGUCCACAGUCCAGAUUUCGUGUGUGCGAGAGAGUGUAUAAUGGUGAUCAGCAGGGAGUUGGUGUCUCGCAUACCUCGCCCCCCGUAGGCGCUUGCUAUGCUGCUGUAUGAUGUCAGAAUGAAUGAGGUUGGGGAGUGUCAAAGCGACACCUGGUGGAUUGGUGA